AUGGAAUCUCCUGGAAUGAAAGAAAAAAUGGAGAUGCCAGCAGCCUGCGGUCAAGAUAAUGGUUUAUCUCAUGUUCUGACUCUAGUGCUACAAGAACUGAGUUUGCUCUGUAAAAGGGAUGUCAAUGGCGUUGGCGUGUUGUAUGACCUGCUCAGAUCUCGCUGGCUGCAAGCACUUUUAAAGAUUUAUGAAUGCCUCCAAAACUACCUCAGAAAAAGACCAGUUCCUGUCAUGCUGCAGGCACAUGCAUUGAGCUGUGAGGUGGUAGAGUUGCUGCAUGAAGCUCCUCCGUCUGGAGAGAUCAAAGAGCUAAGACGAUUGCUGAGGGCUCCUCACUUAAGGGCCUUGCUAUCUGCUCAUGAUACUGUGGCCCAGAAAGAUUUUGAACCUACGCUUCCACCACUGCCAGACAACAUACCUGAGAAUGAGGAAGCCAUGAGGAUUGUCUGCUUAGUGAAAAACAACCAGCCUCUGGGUGCCACUAUUAAACGGCACGAGAUAACAGGUGACAUAACAGUUGCCCGUGUGAUCCAUGGUGGUCUAGCAGACAGAAGUGGGUUGCUGUAUGCUGGAGACAAAUUAGUGGAAGUAAAUGGAGUUUCCGUUGAUGGACUUGAGCCUGAGCAAGUUAUUAAUAUUCUGGCUCUUUCUCAAGGAACAAUUAUGUUCAAGUUGAUUCCAGUUUCUGAUCGUCCUGUUAGCAACCAAACAACACUGUAUGUGCGAGCAAUGGCAGAUUACUGGCCAUUACAAGAUCCUGCCAUACCAUGUGCUGAUGCAGGUUUGCCUUUUAAGAAAGGUGAAAUACUCCAGAUUGUGGACCAGAACGAUGCUCUGUGGUGGCAGGCUAGGAAAUUAUCAGAUCUUAGUGCCUGUGCUGGACUGAUACCCUCAAACCAUCUUCUGAAAAGGAAGCAGCGAGAAUUCUGGUGGUCUCAGCCCUUUCAGCCCCAUCUCUGUCUCAAGUCAUCAAUGUUAAGCACUGUGGAAGAAGAGGACGACAUGCAAAUUGAUGAGAAGUGGGUGGAAACAGAUGAAGAAACAUUUGAGUCUGAGGAGCUUAAAGAAGAAGAGGAAGAAUUCAGUGAAUUUGGUCAACGAGUCUUCAUUGCUGGCUUCCGCAGAAGUAUGCGCCUGUGUCGGAGGAAGUCCCGGGCCAACCAGCAGUCAUGUUACGCUCGGUGCCCCGGCAGCUGCUGUAGCACUUUUGCAGCUCCAUAUGAGGAGGUGGUUAGGUACCAGCGGCACCCAGGAGAUCGGAACAGACUGAUUGUACUAGUGGGUCCUGCAGGAGUGGGAGUGAAUGAGCUAAGGAGAAGGCUUAUUGCAAGCAACCCACGAGAGUUUCAAAGCGCUGUGCCUCACACCACUCGAGUUCAGAAGAGUUAUGAAAUGAAUGGUCGUGAAUAUCACUAUGUAUCAAAGGAAACUUUUGAAAACAUGGUGUAUAGCCACAGAAUGCUGGAAUACGGGGAAUACAAAGGGUACAUGUAUGGUACCAGUGUUGAUGCAGUGAGAACAGUCCUUGAUGAAGGGAAGAUCUGUGUAAUAGAUUUGGAACCACACGGCAUCCAAAUAGCCCGGACUCAUGAAUUAAAGCCCUAUAUUAUAUUCAUCAAGCCAUCCAGCAUAAGCUGCAUGAGGCAAACGCGUAAAAAUGCCAGAAUCAUUACAGAUUAUUAUGUGAACAUGAAAUUCAAGGAAGAAGAUCUACAGGAAAUGGAGGAUUCUGCUAAGAAAAUGGAAGCUCAGUUUGGUCAGUUCUUUGAUCAAGUGAUUGUGAAUGACAACUUACAAGAAGCAUCCGCUCAGCUGUUGUCUGCAGUCCAUCAUGCACAAGACGAGCCCCAGUGGGUCCCUGCAAUAUGGAUAUGCUCAGAUACUGAGACAUAAUUCAGAGUGGCAGGCAGCUCCAUGAAGAUUACAGAUUGUUUUACUUCAAGAAUAAUCCUCAUGUCAGGAUUGUGAGAAUUUGUCUUCGUGUGCAAGGGAUUUGGAAGAGGAUUAGGAAAGAAGCCGCUAUAGGAGAUAUUAUCAUACUAUGUUCUGUGUAACUGUACAGCUUUUAUGCUACAACUGCACCUUUUUUUGUACAAAAAGGAAACACUGUGAGCAACCCACUACAAGAAUAAAUAAAAAUCUAUUUUGUUGCAUGUAUAAUUUA